AUGACUUCCUAUGAAGAGUUAACGGCCGGAGGGGAAAGUAGCCUUCUGUUCACUGACCCCGCGGAGGGAGACCCGGAGGUGGGAGAAGUUGCGUCAACAUUCAAUCCUCCGCUGCAUCCCCACUACUUCACCCUCUCCAACACUUUGACUCUGUGCACCUCUUCUUCGGACAGCCCACCCCCUCCUCCUCCUCCUCUGUUUGACACUCUCGGGGGCUUCUCGACACCGGCCCACCCCCACUCGCCCCGGGUCCCCUGGCGGUGCAGGGAGCAGGGGCAGGACUCAUCUCCAGGACGCGGAUACUGCGCGUCAGCAGCCGGCAGCGGGUCGGGAGGACGCACAGACUGUGGGUCAGUCGAGGAGCAAACUCGAAUCUGCUCCCACCACGUCCCCGAGCCUGGGGGGCGAAGUUCGGACUGUGCCGCGGCUGUUACGCAUGGAAGGAGUAAAACUUUUGAGUGGAUGAGAGUGAAGAGGAGUCAGCACCGGGCGGCCGGGAGUCACUCGACCUGUGGGUUCAGUGUGGUUGGCUCGGGACUCGGUGCUGUGGAGGCUGGACGCAGCAGCAGCAGCAGCAGCAGCAGGAGGAGGAGGAUCUUUGCGGAUGUCCAUCCCACGGUGCCCGGGGCCCCGAGGACCUGCUUCAGCACCAGGCAGCUGACCGAGCUGGAGAAGGAGUUCCACUUCAACAAGUACCUGACGCGGGCCAGGCGGGUGGAGGUCGCCGGCGCCCUGCAGCUCAGCGAGACGCAGGUGAAAGUUUGGUUUCAGAACCGACGCAUGAAGCAGAAGAAAUUGCAGCGAGGCGCCGGGCUGCUGUGCCACCCGGGCCCCGCGGCCCUGCUCUCACACGCCGGCUCUCUGGACACCUGCCUCGCUCCGGAGCCAAGCACCACCUCGCCACAGCAACUGCCCCUGACGCCCUGAGCCGGCAGAUGUUUUGAUUUGUGCGUUUUGCAUCGGUUUCACUCAGGCAUCACCUUUAUUUGCUUACACCCCGAUGGAUGCUCGCUGCAAAGAAGCAAGUUUCUUCAUGCAAGAACGGGUCAAAACAAUCAGUCACCCUCCCCGGCUUCAGACUGGCGCUCUGAUUUGAAUAUUAAAAUUCAAGUCUCCAUCUACACGAUGUGAACGAAGAUACAAACUUAUAUUGAUUGUGCAAAGAGACGGUGGCACAGGGUUUAUUUAUUUUGUACAAUUUCUACAUGAAUACAUUUAUUCAACAGGA